AUGGCUAUUCAGCCUCACAGCAAGAUCAGGGUUGCAUACUAUUAUGACGGAGAUGUUGGGAACUACUACUACGGUCCAGGGCAUCCGAUGAAGCCGCACAGAAUUCGGAUGACGCAUAAUCUUAUUCUCAAUUAUGGUCUUUAUCGACGAAUGGAAGUUUAUAGACCGCAUGUGGCAACGUUUGAGGAAAUGACGAAAUAUCACAGUAACGAUUACUUGACAUUCUUAAAAAACGCACGACCAGAAGAUAUCAUUGAUAGCAGUACAGCUAAAACUCGUCAACGAUACAAUGUUGGCGAAGAUUGCCCUGUUUUUGAUGGUGUAUAUGAAUUUUGUCAGACUUCGUGUGGCGGUUCCCUUGCCGCGGCAGCAAAACUUAACAAGAAGCAAGCUGAUAUAACGAUAAAUUGGAUGGGCGGUUUACAUCAUGCCAAGAAAAGUGAAGCUUCUGGAUUCUGCUACACUAAUGAUAUUGUAUUGGCAAUUCUUGAACUUCUUAAGCAUCAUCAGCGUGUUUUAUAUGUCGAUAUUGAUGUCCAUCAUGGUGAUGGUGUCGAAGAAGCAUUCUAUACGACGGAUCGUGUAAUGACUGUUUCAUUUCACAAAUUUGGUGAAUAUUUCCCAGGUACUGGAGAUGUUCAGGAUAUCGGCUCAGGUCGAGGAAAAUAUUAUGCUGUGAAUUGCCCACUGCAUGAUGGUAUUGAUGAUGAUACGUACCAACGUAUAUUCAAACCAAUUAUGGAACAGGUCAUGCUGUUAUAUCAACCAUCAGCUAUUGUCUUACAGUGUGGCGCUGAUUCAUUAGUUGGUGAUAGACUUGGAUGUUUCAAUCUUUCUCUAAAAGGACAUGGUAAAUGUGUAGAAUUUAUGAAGAAAUUCAAUCUUCCGCUUUUGUUACUUGGUGGUGGUGGUUACACCAUUCGUAACGUUGCGCGCUGCUGGGCCUAUGAGACAUCCAUUGCUCUGGAUGUUGAAAUAUCAAAUGAAUUGCCUUACAACGAUUAUUUUGAAUACUAUUCAAGCGAUUUCAAGCUUCAUAUCGUUCCAUCAAAUAUGACCAAUUUAAACACACCCGAUUAUCUUCAAAAAGUGCAGUCGACGAUUUUUGAACAUCUGCGCUACGUGCCACACGUUCCCAGUGUGCAAAUGCAGCCAAUAAAAGAUGAAGUCAUCGAAACGGCUGUCGGCGAAACAAUAUCAAGAAGUCCAUAUAAGUGCUUUUCGAUUCUAGAAAGCUGUGUAGAAGGUGAUAACGAAUUUUACGAAGAACACAGCAUAAAACCAAGUCGGAAUGAACGAUCUCAUGAUCUUAACACUGAGGAUUUAUCUCCAGAAGCCAAACGAGUUCGGAUCUCAUCACCAAAGUCUCCAAAAAGUUCAAAGUCUCCUAAAUCAUUCUUAGGUUCAAAGUAUUCGAGAUCUCGUAAGUGCUCGGAUCUGUGGUAUUCUAGGUCCACAUCAAGUCCACGAUCUCUCGAAUCUACUUCAGGCUCGAGACUUUCCAAAUAA